UGUCUUCUUCGUUCGACUAAUCGACUUCGAGGAGACGAGAUUACGCUAUGGGGAAAAACAAAAUCAUAACUUCUUUUUUUAAAAGAAAGAAUGAAGAACAAGUUGAUGGAAACAAUGAGAUUAAACGGCAAAAAGCUUCAACAAACGAACCAGUUAAUGAAGCGAAUAUUGAACCGGUUAAUGAAGCGAAUAAUGAACCGGUUAAUGAAGCGAAUAAUGAAACGGUUAAUGAAGCGAAUAAUGAACCGAAUAAUGAACCGGUUAAUGAAGCGAAUCAAAACAUUCCUCAAAAUCCGAUUAACAUUAAUGAAGUGGAUGUUAGUAGUCUAGAAAGAGAUCCCGCUAAGCGACUUGAAAUGUGGAAAUAUCCGGUUAAUAUAAGGGAGCAAGUAAGACUAGCUUAUAUGUCAUUAGGAGUGUAUCAAAUAAAGCUUGAAUGGUAUAAGCCGAGAGGUCCAAAGAACAAUCUUCGUAGAUUUAGAUAUGCUUGGUUUGACAUGUUCCCUAAUUGGUUAGAGUAUUCUCCAACGAAACACAAGGCUUAUUGUUUCCUUUGUUAUUUAUAUAACGAUAAACCGAAUGAGAGCCACGGUCAUAGUGCGUUUACUACUGAAUGA